UCUUUCUCGUAUCGCCACUGUUAAACCAAUAUACUGAAAAGUGCUCUGCUAGUUAGACGUUCUUAGAUCUAGUCCGUUGCAUAUAGUCACAGAAUGCAAACUAAUAUCUUCGUGAUUGGGUUGCUUGCCGUCGUUGCCAAUUCAUGGCCAUCUGCGGAAGCGAAAAAGCGUUCAGCUGAUGACGACGAUACGAACGAAUCAUUGGUUGGGACACCUGCUCGUCGUGGUGCCUUCCCAAAUGUGGGUGCCAUUUUGUUCGAUGGACGCCACAUUUGCGGUGCUACUCUUAUCAGCACCAACCACGUAUUGACUGGAGCCGAUUGUGUGUCUUUUUUGCAUGGAGCGGAGAAAUCCAACGAUCUAGCAAAGCUUAGGGUUUAUUUGAACACGGUUGCCUUGAAAACAUACAACCCUGGCGCAAUCAUCAGCAAUGUACGCCACAUUAAAUUUCACGAACUCUACGACAGAAAGACGAAAGCCAACAAUAUUGCUGUGUUGACUUUGGAAACGAAUGUCACGACGCUGUAUCCAUUGAGUCUUCCUGCGGAUGGCACAACGGAUGAUUACGUUGGGAAACAUGGUACAAUCCUUCGUUGGGGAGCAGCCAAAUCAGCCAGUACAACUCACAAAAUUCUACUGCAAGCCCCAGUAUCCAUCAUCUCCAAUUCAGAGUGCAGUUCAAAGUACCAGUUUAAGAUUUACGACAAUUCUUUGUGCGCCUCUGCCGGUUCUCAAGAGGGAAUUACUUGUCACGACGACAGCAACGGAGGACCAGUCAUUGUCGAGGGCCGUCAAGUAGGUAUUAUGAGCUGGGGGAAAGGCUGUAUGGAUUUCAAUUACCCAGGAAUAUACAUGAGAACCACCUCUUUCAUGAACUGGAUUAAAAGCAACACAGUGUAGCUAACUGUAUUUUUGGUUUCAUUACCUUGAAAUGUUUAAGGUGUUUGGGAAAAUAUAUAGUGGGAACAGAACGUGGCCUAAACUAUAUUUAGACAACAGUUUCCACAGUUUUCUUGAAAUACAAAAUUUAAUUUGGCAGACAAA